GUAACACCAUGCCAUGGUAUCGGAAGAAUAAUAGCGAUGGUUCACCCCGUCCUGCCGUGAACGUAACUCCGGAGGCCAUUUUUAAUGAGGGUUAUGGCAAGAGGACGUCUAAGUUAAGCUCCCUUUUUGGGAUGGACAAAACCAACAACCAAGGUGGCAAUGAGUCGCUGACAUUCACAGCACCCAAACAGCCAAAGAAAACCAAAGAUCAACAACUUCAGCAACAGCCCCAAGGCCAAGGAGGCCAGUCAGCAUUACUACUAGCAGUAGCAGUCCAUGCAUACAGAUUUUCAAAUGGCACAUAUAUCAAACACGGGAAGCUUGGUGCAGCUAUUCUGGGUAACCACACAGCGAACGAUUACAAGAUACUUCUUUAUAUCAGUAAACAACAGCAAGUCACACACGCAAGGAUAUCACCGACCUUUGCCUUUACAGUACAAGCAAACAACUAUGCAACAUUUUAUGAUGAACAGAGACAAAACUGGUCAAUAAUGUUUGAAUCUGAACAGAAUGCUAUAGACUUUGCAAAACAGGUUGGUCUAGCCAAGGUGAACAGCAAUGGUAGUCCAACCAAGGCCCUUGUCUUCCAAGAUCUUACCAUCGGUCUAGGAGAUGCGGUCCAGAGUGGCGAUUCUGUAGAGGUCAAAUACACAGGCUGGCUCUAUUCCAGCAGGUCGUUUGGAGAUGUAUUUGAUAGCAACACCAGUGUAGACAAACCAUUCCGCUUCAAGAUUGGCAAAGGCAAAGUAAUAAAGGGAUGGGAAGAAGGCGUAGUCGGUAUGAAGAAGAAUGGGCGUCGGUUACUCAUCGUCCCGCCCGCACUGGCGUACGGCAAGAAGGGGCUCGGUUCAAGGAUACCACCAAAUUCAACUCUCCUGUUUGAUGUAGAAAUAAAAAAGCUUAAAUUUUCAAGAGAAAAGGAGGAAAGCGGUUCACUCUCAUCAGAUGCUACCGAUGGCUUGAGGUCGGAGGAAAGGGUCGGGUCACCAAAGGUCGGAAGGUCAAGAGGAGAUGUCUCAAGUGACAAUGAAAGCAGAAUAAAACACAACAACAAUUCAGAAUCACAACUAUCAACGAGUCCCUCAUCGAGUAAGGCCAAACUGAUCUCCCGGAUGGCCAAAAUGGGACAGCCCAUGCUGCCGCUGUCUGGCGCCAUCGUAGCCCAUGACAGCACAGACUCAGAAGCAGAUGAAGCCAGUGUGUCUUCGGACACGGGAGGCAUGUCGCCCUCGUCAGGUCACCCCAACAUGAUGGCCAAGAAGGCCAUGAAGGUUCCCAAGAAGAUGCACAAUAACCACACCAAUAACUUCCAAUCCGACAUGGGCCACGGCAUGCACAACCAGCUCCCAAGGCCCGGUGACCCUGCUGUUUCAGAAAUGGUGGCAUUGCCUGAAAUUGAUGAUUCAAUCACCUACACAUCUCCUAAUAGAGGCCCAGCAAUGGAGGACCCUCCCAAAUUUGAAGAAUUCUCCGCCCCUACUACUGCUGGAAAGCCAGUUCACCAGGUGGCAAUAUAUAAUCCCCAGUCGGCCCACAACCAGUCCCAGGCCAUGCCCCCAGGCCAGGGCCAUCUAUCACAUCAAAACCAGGCCGGUGGGAUGGGCAUGCAACACGGUCAACAACAGCUACCGAACUAUCCCUUGCAUCAGCAACAGCAGCAGCAGCAGCAAUCUCAACAGCAACACACGUAUUACCAACCCCCACAACACAUCCCCACGCAGAAUCCAGGACAGACCCCCAUGCAGCAUCAGAUGUCGCCGUACCCGGGACUUGGCAACCAGCAAGCGCUCGUCACCCAGCAGCAGCUGACCGACAUGCAGAUGGUCCCCAUCGUGCUCUCGGAGGCCCGGCAGCACCACUCCGACAUCAGAACGGCAGUCGGGAAGGUAUCGGAUCGCAUCGAUGACCUCUGUAAAAAGGUCAAUGACAUUCAGACGACCCCAUCCCAGCCGGCGUUGCCUAGCAACCAGGCGAUGGAGGCGACGGUGUUGAUGUCGAACAUCUCGCGCAUCGUGCAGGAGAACGAGCGGCUCAAGGAGGAGGUUUACGACAAGAAUGCGAGGAUCGAGAAACAGAAUAACAAGAUUUCGGAGUUGCUACAAAAGAAUCAACUGCAUAAUUCCAAAGGAGUUAAUCAUGAUGGUCUACCUAAGAAGUACGUGGAACAGAGCAACUCCCUGAUGGAGAAGACCAGUGAUUCAUUUAAGAUGACGGCAACGCAGUCCCAGCAACGAGUCUUGGAACUCGAACAGGAGAAGGUCCAGAUGACCUCCGAGUUGAGCAAUGCGACCUCAAAGAUCAGUUCGCUACAGAUGGAGCUGUCCAAUGUACAACAGAGAGAGAGCCAGCUUCGUGCACAGCUGAAUGGUGCCAUCAACAACUCGCAUGAAAACAGGGGAGAGCUGGACCAACUCAGACAACAACUCAAAGAAAAUGACAAUAAGUACACUGAGGUUCUGAAGGCACUCAAGGAUGAGAGACAGGUCAAGAAACAGUUGGAGAACAGAGUCACUACCUUGGAGGAGGAACUGUCUGAGAUGAAGAUGGAAAAGGAUACAAUUGAAAAGAAUCUGUUAGAAAGGAAGCGAAAAGCAGCAGCUGAAAAACAGAAAUCAGAAGAGGAUGUAGAUGAUAUGAAAAGAUCAUAUGAGGAUGAAAUCUCACUAUUGAAGAGUAAAAUCAGGCACCAGAAGACAUCAACAGAUGCUGCUACAGCCGAACAGGUUGCCCAAGUGGAAAGGGAGCUUGAAACCCAAUGGAGGGAACGCUCUGAUAGACUCCUCUUACAAGCCAAAGAGAAACAUGAGAGAGAGAUGGAAGACACCAGAGACGAGAAAGAACAACUCAAGAGGAAAUUAGCUGCUACUGAAGCAAAGAUGCUUAACAUCCGGGCUAAUGAAGACAACAAAGAUGAUGUAGAAGGACUCAAGAAACAAGCCCAAGAAAUGGAAGUCUGGAAAGAGAAGUAUGACAGCCUCCACUCGAGUGCAGUGAGCAUGAAGGAACGAUACGAAACAAGGAUCAAGGAACUUAUACAGGAAAAAGCUGCUGCAGCCGCAUCGUCGGCCACCAUCGGACCAACGAACAUCGUCGAUGAGGUCAAGAAGGUCAUGAACAAUGUCUACCAUUCUCUACGAGGGGAGAUUGACACCAGCGAGAACUACAAGGGUGGUGAGGUCCUUAACAUCAUCAUGAACACCAUCAAGGUGACGAUGGUGAAGGUCAUGAAGGAAGCCGCUAAGAAGGCAGAACGAGCGGGGGAAGAGGAGAGCGAAGAGGAAAGUGAAGAAGAAGAAGAGGAGGAAGAAGAGGAAGAAGAAGAAGAAGAAGAGGAGGAGGAGGAGGAAGAAGAAGAGGAAGAAGAACCUGCCAAGGCGCCUGUGAAGGAGGCUGUCGCCAAAAAGGAAACUGCCGUUCCAACGAUGUCUGCCCCUCCCUCUGGAACCCCAGCUCCUCCAGCAGCACAGAGCACCAGCCCACCACCACCACCAACAAUAGUCAUUGAAGAAGUUGUACAGAGGGAGGAUGAACACGUGGUGGAAUCGACCAGACAACCUCAGGAGGAAGGAGAGGAGGAAGAAGAAGAAGAGGAGGAGAAAGAGGAAGAGGAGGAGAAAGAGGAAGAGAAGGCAGAGGAGGAGAGUGAAGGAAAGAAGGACAACAUUUUUCAGAAAGACAAAGCUUCCACCGAUCUCGCCCCGGGCGAAACAUCCACGAAACAGACUGAAGAGGCGGAGCGGAAAGAACAGAUACAAGAUGGAGAGAAGGACAAUGAAGAAGAAACGACAAAAGAAGAAGAUGACAACGAUAGAGGAUUGAGUGAUAGUACAAUGGUUGCGGAUAACAAAGCUUAUGCUGAACAGGAAAGAGAGAAGGAAGGAAGAGAGGAGGAUGAAGAGGAUGAUGAUGAGGACAGUGUCAAAGAUUCCAAGAAGGAUGAAGAUGAUGACUUCUGGUCUGCGGAAGGUUCAGAUGGGGAAGAUGAAGGUGAGAAACCCACCAUCGUGGAACCCUCUGGACCCCCCGAGCUACCCCCGGAACUACCUCCUCAGCUGCCUCCGGCCCAGGAGGAGCUACCGGGCAACCUAGACAUGGGAGACAAGCCACGAGCCUUGAGCAACAUCCCUGACCUACCGGCGGAUCUUGACGUGGAAGUGGAUGAGGAGGAGGAGGAAGAAGAGGAUAAUAAUGAAGAUGAGCCCGAUCCAUUCUGCCCGCCCGAACCUUCACCAGCGGAAGAGAAACAGGAAGAUGCUGAUGAUGAGGAGGAAGAGGAGGAGGAGGAGGAGAAUUCGGAUGCUGGUCCAUUACCCACUGUCUUGGACAGGGAGCCCCCUGAACUCCCCCCUGAGCUUCCCCCAGAAGACGAAGAAGAUAACACUAAGAAGGCCAAGACAAAGAAAGAAGACUUAAGUAGUGGAAUCUUCGGUGACGAUGACGACGACGAUCUCUUCUCCAUCCCUGUAUCAUCCACGAAGAAAGCUACCAAAAAGAAGCCCACCCCAGCAAAGAUGUCAGCUAAACCAGCUGAAGAUGAUGACCCCUUUAAACCUGGACCACCCCCGCCCCUCUUUGGAGAUGAUGACGACGAUGACCUAGACUGGAUUAGUUGAUCCUGUAGGUUAAUCUUAAUCCUAAUCCAUUCAAUCUCUCCAGUAUUUUGCAAUAUUAGUACAUGGACAAUAUCCUCAGUCACGAUUAUUUUUGUUUUUAAUACCAUGAAUCGUUGUAUAAUAGUUAAUUAAGUGGAUUUAUGAUUGUGUGUCUUAUUAUGGUAACAAAAACAUGGUAAAAUCACACAUUUACCUUUAAUUUUUGAUAAUUUUCCACCUACAUGUAUAUGAAUAUCUAUGAAAUCUUCAUUUGAAAGUAUACAUGUAAAGAAUAUAUUGAUUUUCGAAAUUGCACUUUCUGAACUUACAUCAAGGCAGUAAACCACUGCAAGCAUUGACUUUGGGUCGUGGAGAUAUACAUGUAAAGUGAAGAGCAAUUAUGAAGUGAUAAAAUCCUUUUUAUUUUCAAUAUUAUUCAUGAUAUAAUAAUAAUAAUAAUAAUAAUAGGCAUUUAUAUAGCGCCAUCUAUCUUGAAAUAUUCUAUUCCGAGGCGCGUUGUUAUUAUUAUUAUUACCCCGGCUUUAGCUCGAGCUGCCUCUCAGCGCUCAUGCAUUCAAGGAAUUAAUCCUGCCGGGUACCCAUUCACCUCAACUGGGUGAGGUACCAUUAAUUUCAAUCAAUUCUAAAUCAUUUAUGAUCCCUAGACAUAUGUGCUUGGUAUUAGCGAUCAUGUAUAUUGUUUGAUUAUCUCAGUACUUUUUCUUCAAUUGUUUAAAUUGAUUUUUUUU